CCCGAGGAGGAGCCAGCGUCCAGAGCUAGAGGCGAGGUCGAGAACAACGCCGCUGCCAACCAGGACACGUGGGCCUUCGAGGCAGACGAGACUUUAAGGGGACAGAAGAGCAGCUCCAACAACAUGGGAAGAAAAAGCGAUGAGAACUGUGGCAGCCACCUGCAUGUGUCAAGCACCUCCCAGGAGAGUCUCUCUCAGUGGAACUUGGAUUCAGAAGAGCUCCUUGCUGAAAAUGAAACCUCACCUGGAAAUGAUGCUGCGCCAGGUGGCAAAACUAACAAGAACCACCUGAAAACUCCGGCAGAACAGCUGGUUUUGCAGCUGACUGUAUCAGAGCAUACUCACAGAAGAGCACAGAACAGUAACCAAGGGGUAUUUCAGCUCUGGAGUUCUCCUGUUAAUAAAGGAAGUACCAUGAAUAGCAAAGAAUUCAAAAAGUCUUCAGUGGAAACUGGCUUCAAUGCAGCUAACAGUCCUAGGCUUUUCACUCUAAACCAUUCAUUAGCAAGUAUUCCGGGUUUGAUGAACAGCAAGCAAGUCAGUCUGUAUCCUGGCCAGCCAAUGUCAGCAGGUCUCUGCUGGCCUUAUGCUGAUGGAGACUUUCUGAAGGAUAGAAAUGAGUUUCGUAUUAACUCGUAUUCAACUUUGGACAACAACAAUGGGGACUCUUUAUCUGCCUCAAAUUGGAAUUUCAAAUACAGAAACAUCAGUGUAGAGGAAACUGUCACAGAUGAAAGCGACUUAUCUGAAAAUGAGAAAAUGAAUGACUCUUUGCUCAGCUAUUUUAAAAAGAUGGACCUGAACUUGAAACCGGAAACGAUAGAACAUGUAGAGCGAUCUCUCACAGAGGAAGGAAACGGAGUGGCUAUAUAUGCAGACUUUCUCCCUGCUCCCUUCAACACUCUAGACUUGCGCAGAUUUGCCCUCUCAAAGUGUGACAGUUGGAGGGCAGUGGUGGAACCUCCAGAAAGCUCCAUUGAGCGUUUAAUAAUUCGUUUAUUGGAACUGGAAAGAUUACAACAUAUGACCAUACAAAGAGAGAGGCCAAGGCUACAAAGCACUUUCUGUAGCUCCAUACUUUCGAUGACAGAGCCACCGUCUUCCUCUAAAGCCGUUCCGCUGAGAGCCAGGCCGCCAAAGCUUCCUGACACAUUGACUCCACAGACCUCUGGCAUAGAUAAAACCCGAGACAAGAGGAAAAACAAUUGUGGUUCUAGCAAGCCAGAACAAAAUGUUUCCAAAUGGAACUGGAGCAAUGCUGGCAAAUGUAAGUCGAACUCUAGACUGUUGCUAAAAUGUCCAUCUUCUGCCAAACAGUGUGCUGCAGCUCAUGACGACUUUAAGAAUUCUAAAAACUCCAUUUUAAACCCUUGCCAGGAACUUUCACCCAAGCCUUCCACUACCCAAGCAACUCAACAGCUGGCUAAAGUGUCCUCAACAAGAUGCUUCCCACCAAGGUCCCCAGUGCCAGUUUCACCCAUUCCUCUGUCUUUUCCUGAAAAUCCAAAAGAAGAAGUUAAAGCGCCAAGGACCAAAAAGAAACUUCACCGAAAAAGCAUACUACAAAAUAGACCUUUCUACAUUCAGAAGCGAAACUGCUUAUCCCCUUCACUUAUAGCCAGGGGCAAGUGUUCACCCACUGACCAAAAAUAGCUUCCGUACAUCUCAAUGUGAGCAAGUCUAUUCAAUGAAACCCAGCUAAAAUACGGUUCAUCAUUGAGACACAGGUAUUAGAAACAAAAACCUCGCCCUUACAAAGUAAUUCCUUGAUAUGAUAUGGGGUAGAACGUGUGAACGUCACUGCUGUCUCUGUAUACAGUCAAGGGCUCCCACACCGACACUGACAAUCCUUUGUAUGUUAUUCUUUGAAGAAAGGCCUCCACUUAGUAAGCAAACUAUUCAGAAGACGCUUUUGUUGUGAUUGUUUUCCAAUCUGAUUUCAUCAUCAAUAAAU